AUGGAUUUCUCAGCGUACUACCUCGGAUCCCGCGCACUCAAGAAAGAGAUGGCCAUAGUGUACACGAUGGGAGUGCACUAUAGCGAGUACGUUGUUGCCUUGCUUCUUGUUUUGCAAAUUGUCUUCGCUAUAGGUUCUAUUCAGUCCGGUUUCAAGACAAUAAAUGACGCUCUGCAAGAACUAAUUGACACUCGCAUCAUCGACUCGGACCAAGACAAAAACAAAAACGCAUCAAGGUCGCUGGAUAACUUAACAGUUGGGAAAUAUAUUCGUGCACUGGCGGUCUCUUACAAUUCGCUAUGCAAUGACGUUAAAACUUGUAAUGUUGACAACGGACGCAUGAUGUUCAUAAUGCUGGGAGCUUUCACAAUGUAUUUAAUUGUAUCGAGUUAUUACUUGGUAAUGAUUUACUGUUUACCAGAUAUCCUGCACAGGAAUCUAUUCUAUGUUUGUCUGCAAUUAAUGUGGUGUUCGUUCCGUUUCACAAAGAUAUUCAUCCUGGUUGAAUCCUGCCACCGCACCCAUGAAGAGAUGUUCGCCGGUAUGAUCACUUAUAUAACGAUCAUUAUUCAGUAUCGUGUCGUUGAUGAAUGCAAUCAGUAUUAU